AACAGCGGUUCUCUGUCCCCGAGCCGGACCCCCGUCCUGACCCGCUUUUGGGUUAGGAACUGAACGGCGCCUGGAGCGCCGCUCGAUUAGGAGUCUCCUGAUCGCCUGCAGAGCGUGUUUUUUGCCCCCCCCCAUGCCCAUCGCCACAUGUCAUUUGGAUUAAUAGUAAUAAUAAAAUACGUUUUAAAAGCAUGUAGAAGAGGAUCAUAGCAUGGGAAGGGACCUCGGAGGUCCUCUAGUCCAACCUCCUAUUCGAGCAGGAGACUUUGUACCAUUCCAGACAGAUGGUUGCCCAAUCGGGUCUAGCUGAUACUUGCAAGAUUUCCUUGUGGCCACCCAUCCAGAUAAUGACCGGCUCUGAUCCUGUUUUCCAUAUCAGCCAAGAUUGAGAAUACUCAGGAAGAUGACUCUAUUUUGUUUUUCAAAUGUGAUUGUGGAUUCAGAUUGAAGUAAAGUUGAAGUUCUGAGCACCAUAAGAUUACCAGGAUAAUUAUUAAACUCACAUUGGCUGAGCAUACCUGUUGUGGAAAAAAUGAAAAGUGAAAACGAAGACCACAUAUAUCUAGACUACUUUGGUCACAAUGAAGAUUGUAUCUACCCUCUGCACACAUCUAUAUCCUUGUUUCUGUUGGCAUAUUGUGAUUGCAAGAUCUUCAGGAUAUUUUUAGUAACUCCAAAUGACAUAACUUCUGAUGUACAACAGACAGAGGAAAUAUUGUCAAAGUAUCCAGAGAUUAGCUUCAUCAAAAGAUCUGAAAUUCCUGUGAUGGUUCAAAGCUGCUGUUUACCUGCUGUUGUUGAAAAGAAUGGAAGAUUUUGUCGUGCAGGACUUGCUGUGGUAUUGAGGUACAUAGUACAGAAAAUCUAUGAGGCGGAUCCAUCAAUCAAAGGCAUUUUGGAACUUUUGGGUUUCAAAAGGACCUGUUUGAAAGCUUGUGCUGAAGUUAGUGAAUGGACCAGGCUUUGUGAGAUCAGUAUUCCUCUGGCAGUUGAAAACUUUCUAAAAGUAUCUCAGGAUCCACAUGAGAAUAUUCCAAAAGAGAUACUGCUGUUUGAAAACAAAUUGGGAGAACCUGUAAGAGUCCACAACGAUGAUAAAAUUAGAAGACAGAAAGUUCAACAGCAAAAGAUGCUUGACAACACAGCAAGCACUGAUAUUUCCUCAAAAGAAGAUUGGACUAUGGAAAACCAGGAACUUACUUCUGCAGAUUUGGAACUGAGGACAGCUUUCUCUAAACUAACUUUGCAGAAGAUGCCACUUGCUACCAACAGGGAGCCCUCUCACAUUAGGAAAAUAAAAACAUCUGAACUUCCACCUCUGGAGCAUAUAUUUGCUGAAGGACUUUAUUUCACUUUGACAGACAUAGUUCUCUUGCCAUGCAUCCAUUAUUUUUUGGCUGCCUGCAAGAAACACCAAAACAACAUAUUACAGCUGCCUUUAAUAUUGAGCUGGUACAAAAGGGUUCUACAAGUACCUGGAAUAAAGCAAGCCACUGUCAAAUGCAAUAUAAAAAAUAUCCUGGAUUGUCGAUUACACCCUUUACCAAAUGAAUGCCAGCAGAAUACUUUCACAGUUUUUAAAGAGCCAGAAAAUGUUCCAGAGGAAAUUCAGUUUAUAGGUGGACCAAGACCAACAAUAACAAAAUUAAUGGAAAAAGGGAUUGAAGCAAUGUUUUCUCCUCAUCCUUGUCCUAAAUGGGCCCUAGAUUGGGACAGUUUACCUGAUUCAGUCAACCCAGGAAAAGGAAAGAUGUCUGCUGAUCGUGCUUUAAGGAAACAGCAGCAGCUGAACAAUCUAAUCGCUUUAGUGACAAAUCUGGCUAAACCUGGAGAUGUAAUUGUGGAUUUUUGCAGUGGUGGGGGCCAUGUUGGAAUUGUUCUUGCUUAUAUAUUACCACUGUGUCAGAUAAUUUUGGUGGAAAAUAAAGAACAGUCACUUAUGAGUGCCGAAAAAAGAAGUGAUGAAUUAGGAUUACAAAAUAUUUGGUUCAUCCAAGCAAAUAUGGACAAUUUUAAAGGAAGUUUUAAUAUUGGGGUGGCACUGCAUGCUUGUGGAGUGGCAACAGACAUGGUCAUUGAACACUGUAUCAAAGUUCGUGCAGCAUUUGUUAUCUCUCCUUGCUGUUAUGGUUUCAUACAGAAUACAUCCAAGUUUGCAUUUCCACAAAGCCAUCAGUUCAAGAAAGUUCUGUCAUACAAGGAGCACAUGAUUCUUUGCAGAUUUGCUGAUCAGACAGCUGUCCAGUUGCCCCCUGAACGCAGGCAAAUAGGUAAACAAUGCAUGGGACUGGUGGACCUUGACCGGGCUUGGAGUGUGGAACAAAGCAAUUAUUCAGUCCAAGUGAUAACCAUGGAACCACAGUCAUGUUCCCCAAAGAAUAAUUUGAUAGCUGGUAUCCCAGUUUAGUUCAAAGGUUUUUCUAUCAAGUUGAAUUAAUAUUUAGUUCUCUUGAUCAAAGCGCAAAUAACAUUUUGGAGACUGGAAAGGAAAUACUGUACAUCUUGAAUCAGUUGUCUCCAGAAAAAGGAAGGAAACACAGUAGGGGCUAUCUUGCAAAGCUUCCUAAUUCCUGCUUGAAAUAUAUGAUUAAAUGACAUCUGGCUCUCCCAAAAUGUUAAUCAGUCUACAUUAUAAGAGCAACCAAUACAUCCUUGGAAGAAUGAUUUCCUUUUCUAUGAAAAUUGGUCUUGCAUGUUGGAAAACAUAUUUUGCAAGGGUUCUGGGCUCAUCCAUAUUGAUCUAAAGAACAGAUCACAGUAUCUUUUUUUCAAUAUUUUACAAUUAUACUUUCUGUGCUCAGUUACAACUGUAUUGCUGUAAAUAACAAAGUAUCACUUUGCUCAGAUAUUUUAAUUUUUUUUUUAUAAAAAUAUGUUCUAUAUAAAAUCUCACGCUGCAGACAAUUUAUGAUGACUGUGUGGUCAACAUCAACGUAGUUUUCUUAACAACUGUAUAAUUGUGGUUUGAUUAUUUGCAAUUUCCUAGCCUAGCUUAAGCUUUUUAAUAUUUUUGGCAGUCUCCCAUUAAAGUACUAACCAGGUCCACAACAUCUUAACUUAUUUCAAGAUAGCCAAGGUCAUCUAGAAAAUGCUUCGGGUCAAAUUACUCACUGUAUUUACAGUAUGUAAUUUACAAGUAGGUUUAUACAUUAACUUUGAUUACUGUCUUUUGUAGGACAAAGCGAACUUGAAAGAAAUUAUUUAAAUGUGCAUAUGUACGCUUACCUGUUAUUUCUCUUUAUCUUCUUCAGUGUGAGGAUUGUUUAAUGUUUUUCUGUGAGGAUUAUGUUUUGCUUUGGCCAUGAAUGCUGGGGAGGAAGAGGAUAGGGAAAAGAAAACAACUGUGGAAUGACAAUUUCAGUAGAAAAAAGCCACAUGCCCGUAUUUUACUUUUUUCCCAUGAUAUCUGUUUCUCUAAGAAAACUAAUUGUUUUUAUUUUGAGAUAUGUGGUCAGGUGUAAAUUACAGUUUGGUAACUUGAAAAAACACUGAAAUAGCACUCCUUUUUUCAGGCUUCAGCUCAUUUUUCUUUUUUUUUUAAAAAAAACCCCUCAUUUUAACAGACAAAUUCUUCAAAAGGUGAAGUAGUGUAAUCAGAUUUAUAACACUUUCCAAAUUAUUACAAUGUUUAGGUUCUGUUUGGCUUACUCAAGCAAUGAAUUGUAAACCUCCCCCAGAAUUAAUUUAUUUGAGUAGACUUAGUUGUUCCUCCCUUAAUGGCAGGGCUGGAUAAAAUGUUCAAAGUCCUUAUCCUAUACAGAGCUCAGAAAUCUCUAAUAUUUCAGGCUUGAUUAUGUUUGUUCUGUCAUAGUUCUUGUCUGAAAAAUUAAACAGAUUGCUCAACGCUAAUCAGGGAGAGAGCAACUUCUGUUAAGAAACAUUUCGUUUUGAGUGGUUUUUAUAACAGUUUACUAUUAUGGUGGUCCAUAACCAAUGAAUAUAUCUUUUUCUUAUUAUAUUAUGUUGGCUUUAUAAUGUCAGUAUAAUAUCAGUGUAAUGUAUUUUUGAAACACUUGCAUACUUUCAAUAAGAAAUUUUAACAUUUACUAUUUUAACAUUUAAGAUGGUCCCUUGCAUAUUUAAUGAUAGUUUUUGCUUGUAAUACUUUAUAUUGUAUGUUUAAGAGAGUUUACAACUGAAUUUCAAGAUACACAGUCCCAAGGCUAUUUGUUCAGUUUACUCCUGUGAAGAUAAAAGACAGAAGGCCCCACUGUGUGCAUCUUUGAUAUUCCAUAAUAUAAACGAACCAAAUUUAAAGGAAAUAUCCUUGGUACUACCAUUCUGUUUCAUUGCCAAACCAUAAGUGACAAAAGAGUGAAUACAGUGUUACAGAACUGACUGCUUCAGAGAGAAAUUUGUUAGGUAAUUACUAAGAUCAGCUUUUUAAAAAAAAGACUCUAAAAGCUUAUUACCCAAAACAACCUCACGCAUUGAAAUGGAAAAAUGCUGGAAUUUGGAAGCAGUUGGUAGCCCUGAAAAGUACCCAUGUCAUUUCUCCCUAGUCAGUGGGAGAAAGAGAAAGAAGCAAAAGGGUGCAAAAGACAUUUUAUGAGCUGAUAAUGAAGUUUCAUAAGAGGCAAGAUCAUGGUUGGAGAAAAUCAAGUCUACAAGUGCUCUGGAAGUUCUUCAGUAGAUACUAGUGAGAGGAUUUCCUGUACAUUGAUCACAGCCUAUCCAAGAUACACAACAGUGAUACAACACAGAAAAAUGAAUCAGAGACUUGGUUGUGGAUACCUCAUAUAACAAAUAUUUAUUUAUUUAACAAUAUUUUUAAUCUGCCAUAAUCCAAACAUAUUAAAGAUGAUAGUUAAUACCAAUCUAGCAAGUUGUAAGUACCAUUCAGUUAAACUAUAGUAAGGGCUAAAUAUCUUUUGGAACAACAUUUUUUUGCUUAGUUUUAGAAAUGCCUUUAGUGUUGAGCCGCGAUGGUGAACCUAUGGCAAGUGUGCCACAGGUGGCACACGGAGCUCUUUCUGAGGGCACGCAAGGCGUUGCCCUGUCAGCUCCAGCGUGCAUGUGUGUGCUGGCCAGCUGAUUUUUGGCCGUUUUUCGCCUUUUGGAGGCUUCCUUGGCUCAAAAACUUCAUGAGGAGUGACCAUUAUUACCUCCUUAUGAAGAUGACCAGACAAGGUGAGGCGAUAAGAUUUUGGCAAAUUGCAGAUUUGAUUUCAAUUGGGCCUCUUAACAGAUAAGUUAUUCUCACAUGAUGGAGUUGGCCUAUCAGGAAACAUAUCCGCUACAUUGUUAUAACUUCUGGGUCAUCCUUAAUAGUAGCUUCAAAGUGCAUUGCUUGCUCCAAAUAAGUAUUGAUCAGAAAUUGGUUACAAUCAUCUAUUAGAAUCCUGCCCAGUCAUAAGUGUUUCUGGGCAGGAUUAUCGUUUUACUAUAUUAUACCUUUUUUAAACUGGGCAAAAACAAUCUAAUUUGAUAUGUGAAUAAGGAGCCAACAGAGAAUCUUGCCAAUAUUACCUCGUCUUCCUAUGAUGACAAAUCUUCCCAUAUAUUUAACCUAAAUAAAUUUCCCUUUAUUUCAGUCUGAAUGGUUAGGUUAGGGAGAGCUAUUUGGGAGUAGAAAUAAACAUUUUCUCUAAAAGUAAUAGUUUAGUAAUCAUCAUCUGCUGUAUAUUAUCAAAAUAAAUAGAUGAAAAUCAAUAUGAAGCCACAAACUUUUCAGGAUGCCCCUAAGUCAUUCUUCUCUUUUCAAAACUAUUAUUGGAAGGUCUUUGAGAUUUGUUCAGCAUUGUUCACCAUUGGGUAUCAACAACUAGAGCCGAUGCAUACCUUAUUAUAUAGUUUCCAAAUCUAUGCUACUUGUAAUUUUAUCUGCUCAACUGUGGUUUCUAAUUUAUUCUUUAAGAUUGUAAUGUUCCAACUGGGGUCAUGGUUUAGGGUGUGUUAACAAAGCAUUCCAAAUUGUUUUCAAAUUGGCAAAUAGGCUUUCAUGCAUUCAUUCUUGUUUUCUCUUCAAAAAGGUCACAACACUUUCCAUUCUUUAUUUUUAGCAUCUUAACUUUCUUGCUGGCAUAAAGUUUAGUAGUGCAAGUAUGUGUUAUAGAAACCGAUGUGACAACCCUGCCAAAUUUAUCUGGUAAAGACCAAAUAACAGAGUCACAGAACUCAGACUAGGUCUCCUAAUUUGUUUUUCUAAAAUUGCAAUACCCAGUUACUUAAAUGCUGUACGUGUACAUGGCAGAUUUAAGCUAGGUUUUUUUUAAAAAAAAAUAGGCAGUUUCCCCAGGCCCCAUGUAUCAAGAGUAUGGUUUAGUAUUUCAUAUUAUCAGAUGGAUUUGUACUUUUUUUAAAAUUAAAAGCAGCUAUUUUCAGUUUACCAACUUAUUUACAUAAACUAUUUUAAAUAAAAACUACAUCAAGGGAUUGCAAUGCAAUAAGAGGAAAGGGAGGUCUGAACAUAUUUCACUUUCCUGCUCUUAGAGGUCUUUUAUAUGUCAAUUUGUUAAGAAUGUUGUUGCUGAAUAAACAAGUACAUUUAACUACUUCAUUCCAAUUCUGGUAUUGGAAGAGAUUUUUAGGAUAAUACAAAAAGCUGGAUAAAAUUAAUCUUCAAAUUAUUCUUCAAUAAUUGUGUAACAAUUUAUAUUUGCAUUUUUAUGGCAGGCUGGAUUGUAAAUAAAUUCCACAAUGGCAU